AUGGGCGCCGACGGCAGCAAGAAGAGGCCGGCUGAUGGCCGGGAGGAAGAGUCCCUCUCGUCAGGCUGGCGUGGCUUUCUGUCCGGCAUGGGCCUAUCGCUGCCUGCUGCCUUGUGCCGCCUGGCGCCGUCCGCUUUGCCCCUGGGUAGACGGCGCAUGCUUCAAGGCAGGGCACCCGACAUCCCCGAGCACGUAUUGAGGCUGGCAGGCGUAGGUCCUGACAAGCUCAGGUCGGAGUGGAGCCUGCCGGGUUUCGUCGCCAUGUUCUUGCCUGAGUUCCCCCACAGGGCCAUGCCUAGUCAAGAGCACUUUCAGGUGUUAGGUUACAUCGCCAAAGGUUCUUUUGGACCCAUCUUGAAGGUGAAAGAUAAGACCAAACAGAGAACAUACGCCGUUAAGGUGAUACCCAAAUCUGAGAUUCUCCGACUGGGCGUUCUGGAGCAGUCUAAAGAAGAGGUGAUAGUCCAGCGUCAGAUUCGGCAUCCAUUUGUCCACGACCUUCAGGACUGUUGGCAGACGCAGCGCCACCUCUACAUUAUGUGCGACUACUGCGGCACUGGCGACCUGUACACCUACUGGCAGAUGAUUGGUCUAUUUGCCGAGGACACAGUUCGGGUGUUUGCUGCUGAGCUUGGCUGCGCACUUGGAUUUCUUCACGACUUUGGAAUCAUCCACAGAGACGUGAAGAUGGAAAACAUUCUGCUUACGGACAAUGGACACCUUCGCCUGGCUGACUUUGGUUUGUCCCGUCGCCUGGAGCGGGGAGGCCGGGCUUUUACCAUCUGUGGGACCAUACAAUACAUGGCACCCGAGGUGCUGAGCGGCGGUCCCUACAACCACGCGGCCGAUUGGUGGUCGCUGGGAAUCCUGCUCUUCUCAUUGGCUACCGGCAAGUUCCCUCUGCCUCCAGAGCCAGACCACUGUGGCAUGCUGAGGCGGGUGCGGUCUUUCCCCUAUGAAAUGCCCUUCAGUUUGAGCCCCCCUCUGGCCAUGCUCAUCACCGAGUUGCUGUGCAAAAUGCCCACCCGCCGACUACGCACCUUGGAUCGCUUCCAACGCCAGACCUUCUUCCGUGGGCUCAGCUUUGACCAAAACCUACUGCAGCGCCACCCUGUGGAGGUGAUUCUGGAGCUGAGGGAGCGACCCGAUCGUGCCGCCAAAGCCCGCCGAGGCCUCACGCUAUCACUGCAGCCACUCAAAGGCUUCGAUUACGACUCGCUGCUCAGCCCGCCGCACACACCCGAUGCGCCGCCGCAGGAAGCAGGACCGCGUAGGGAGGUGUUCGUUUGA